UGUGAUGAAGAGCAAAAUUGAAACCAAAAAUUUAUUCUUCGUUUAGAAUCCCAUCUGUAACACGAAUUUUCAUUUCUCCCCUCCUGGUAUAAAUCACCCUGUAUACAUGGUGAGAGACUAAGGUUACAACUGUCUAUAGCAAAUGUCAAAAUAUUGAAUAAUAUCUCAAAUAAAAUUUGUUCGGAAUUACUUAAGUGUUUAAUAACAUAAAAAUAUUUUCAAAGAUGGUGGACAUCCGGUUACAUGGGAAGUGGACAUAACUUUGUUAUUCUCAAGGACGUUAAAAAUACCUGGACGCGGCAUUACCCAUCUACUAAAUUGAAGUCAACAUGUACUUAUAGGCGCGGGUGGGAUGUUGACUUCACAACAAAUCGCGCAAUGCCGUGUCCAGGUAUUUUGAACGUCCUUGGUUAUUUUGUAUUAUAAAUUUUAGUAUUUCCCAUAAAAAAGCAGUUUAUUAAAGAUGCAUUUGGUCUCAGACGAACCGUUCUGGGGUCUACUUGGAAUAGUCAAUUGUAUCAAUAAAUGUUAUUAAAUUUGAAAAGUAAAUGUUCUUCUAAUACUUGACAGGUUAUGUCUUUCAAGAACGAAUCGUGGAAACGGUAACCGUCUAAAACCAGAAUAAUGUAACAUUAAUAAAAAUCGAGAUAAAAACUAACCUUUUUUAUAGGGAGUUCAAAACUGUAAUCAUAGAGCGUUUCAUUUAAAACGAAGUCUCCACUUCCGAUUUCCGAUAUAACCAGAAGUCCUACAUCUUUGAAAAUGUUUCUUAUUAAGCACUCAAUAUUGAACAAAUUGUAUUUGAAAUAUUCUUCUCUACUGUUCACCGUACGUUGCGGUAGACCGAUUUUGUCCUACUCACUCACCGCAGGACCACCGAAAAAGUUCUAAAAAUCAUAUCUUGCAAAGUAGUAAAGAAACAAUUUUAAUAGCAAUUUACUCGAUAACUCGACGAGUUUUUUAAGACAACUGUUUAACGGUAUUCUGGAAUAUUUAUCACACGGAUCUACCUUGUGUUAACAGCAACGAUUUCCAGAGACCGAAAAUGUGGACGUUAAAUUUUGAACUCAGCUAUAACCACAAAACGCAAAGUGGUUUCACUUUCUUCAUUACUUUGGAAACUAUGAUUUUUUGAAAUGUAUGCAACCUUUUUCGGCGACUCUGACAUCUGUAUAUACGUACAUACAUACAAGAAUAUUUCAGAUUUCAAUUAUGAACGAAGAAAAAGUUUUUUUUUAAAUUUGGAAUAACUUCCGAACAAAGAAGUCCAUUGUGGUACUAAAUGCUGCCGAUGAAAAUCUGUACGAAAAUUUAGUGCUAAGAGAUGGCAGCCUACUUGCAAGCACUGUUUCACUGACGUCUAAUGCUGAACAGGUACCACUUGUAGAGGAGCCAUAUUUAUUUCUGGAAAUACCGACUAAUGAUGUCGAUCCAAAGGGAUCGCAAAAUUUAAAUGACAGCAAUCCGGCCGUUCAAGAACUCUCCAUACAAAAUUUAAACGCACCCGAAAGGCUAAUAACGGAAAACUUUUGGAGGACCUUUCAGGUGCCAUAGAUGAUGAUGGUGUAGUACUUGGUGAUGGUUCAAGUACCCUACUUUUAAAAUUAAAAGACCGUAACGACUACAAAAAUAGCCUUAAGAGACGAAGUAAACUUUCACCUACUUCAAUUGCUAAGAAGACGACAGUUUAGACGAACAGAUUGUAAGUCUCAAUGAGGGAUUUUCAACAAUGGACGAUAAACGACUCUUUGAAUUAUUACACAACACAUACGAACGACAACGCUUUUAUAUAAACAAUGAGACUCCGUCUAUUACACAGCUACAAAAAUCGUGGCCUUGUCUGUUGCACGGAAAAGUUUUGUACUGGAAUUACAGAAGGUUGAUGUGUCAAGAUUUAAACCAGUUGGAAGCUGGCAUCAACAUUAAAAUCGAAAGAAUGUUGGAAUUUGCACGCACUAAAAAAUUAGUUAAGAAAAUUCCUACUGAUAUAAAUGAUCAACAUAUAGAAUUACUGCGAGUGCUAGCAAAGCAAUUUAAAGAACGUUUUGAAAUGAUAUUUAAAAUUCUUCCGGAUCGCGGUCAUGCAGAAGAAGUGGAAUCUUUGAGCCCAUGUAUUAUAUUUGCUCAAGAUGAAAAUAAAUAUAUCGUGGUUAUUGAAAAAAUUCCAAUAAAUGAAGGAUCCGGUUCUUUUAUUGGUGCACUCAAAGAAUUUUAUGCUUGCUUUUUCGUUUUUAAUAUGAAGUACCCUUCUAAGGCUAACUCAACUUUGGAGGUAUUGCAAAGGUACUUCAUGAAAACACAUCCAGAUUCCGGAACGAAGUCUACCACUUACACGAAAUCGAAAUCUGCUGUGAUAAGAUUCGUGCAAUCUUUUUCUGACUAUGUUACGAGCAGCACUAGCAACAAGUAACGUUACGUCGCGGAGAUAUAGGACCCUUUGAUUUUAAAUAACAUUUUCAUGUUUAUUUUGUUUUUAGUAUUUUAGUUGUCAAAGCAUUCACCAUACAUGUAUUUAAUAAUGUCUUAUAUUCAUAAA